AGUUCAUGUUCAACCUCGACGUUGAACCUCUUUCUUGUUGAUACAGCUCUUAUCAACAGCUCAACAGCCAUCAGUCGAGAUAUCCGACAGCGACCGACACAAUAGAAUAUUCCGCGCAUCCCGUUCAACAACAUGAUGGACCUUCAGUACCUCUGGGCCUUGGGUCACUUGGUCACCUUGACUUCCGCAGCCAGGAUUCUCUAUGCUUAUACUAUCGGGAUCUUCUCCAAGACCAUCCCGGGCUUUUGGUACCAUGCCGCCUAUGCUGGAGCCCUAGUCUCUUACUCGAUCGUCGUGUCAAAAUCCCUCGGAGUACCUCAAUUCAACAGGGCUUACCUUCAAAAGGCGAUGAUGGAGGACAACGCUCAAUACGGAUUCAUGGCCGUUUACUGGUUCCUCUCGAAACCCGUUUACUUCUCACUCUUGCCGUUCGCAACCUUCUCAUUCUUCCACGUCCUGACCUUCUUCCGAGGAACCAUCCUUCCCAAGAUGUUUACAGCACCUACCCCCGCGGCUCGACCCGCCGCUGGAUCCAAACCAGUUCAACAUCCCGUCGUCGAGAAGUACGGGACCUUGAUUGGAAACUUUAUCAAGCAGAACUAUGACCGCGCCAUGUUCUUUGUCGCCUACUCCGAGGUCGGCAUUCUGCUCUGGACCAUCUUGAGGGCUGUCACCCUUCGAGGCUCCUUUACCACCCCUUUGAUCGUUUCCCAAUGGUUGCGAGUCCGAUAUCUCUCCUCCAACUUUGAGCGCAAGGUCAUCGACAACCUCGUCAUUCGACUGGAUCACAUGGCUGCUCAGCAAUCUCCUGCCAUCAACAACGUUUACAAGCAGGCCAAGAGCGUCAUCUCCAUGUGGGGAUCGGCCGUCUCGACUCCCAACGCUUCCGCCAACAGGAGCACCGCCAGUGCUACCGGCGUUAACGCUGGCACGCCCAAUGCCGCGGGAAUGAGGGAGAGGACUGCUGCAGCGGGAAGGCGAUGAGGUCGGUAAUUAUCGGCUAGUUUGCACGUCAACAUCCCGUCUUUGGGAAUGUGAAGUGUCCAUAGACGACCGUACAAGUCAAAUACUUCUUCACAAGGAUCGACAAAACAAUACGGUGUAAACGCCAGGUGAUCCGUCGUAGUAGAUAUUCCAACAUUUCCAUAAUGCACGUCCGAAAGAGAUAUCAUCCAGCUCAAUCCAGUAUCACAACUCAGCCAGCGAUAAAUGCAUAUCCCAAUCAGCUAGAGCUUCGAACAGGUUGCUUUCGAAGUGGCCAUUGAUCGUGGUUGC